AUGGAGCGACCUACUAUUAUACAUCAGGGAGCAGUUAAGAGAAUAUUGCGGUAUGUGAAAGGAACGUUGGAGUAUGGCAUUGUGUAUAAGCGAGGAACUGGGGACUAUCUAUUGGCUGGGUAUUCUGACAGUGAUUUAGCUGGAAGCCGGGAUGAUAGGAGGAGCACAGGAGGAGUUACAUUUUACUUGAACGAGAGCUUGGUUACAUGGAUUUCACAGAAGCAAAGAUGCGUAGCUCUUUCGACUUGUGAGGCUGAGUUUAUGGCAGUAACAGCUGCAGCAUGCCAAGAUAUUUGGUUAAAAAAUCUGUUAACUCAAAUUUCUGAUGAGAAGAUUGGUCCGGUUGUGACUUAUAUUGAUAAUAUAUCAGCUAUUGAUUUGGCGAGAAAUCCUGUGUUUCACGGUCGUAGCAAGCAUAUUGGGAUACGGUAUCAUUUUAUUCGACAGUGCGUGGAACGGGGUGAAAUUGUGGUGCAGUAG